AAAGUUAUGUCACCAGUAUUGGUCAUACAUGGAACAGAAGAUGAUGUUAUUAAUAUUAGUCAUGGUCUUGCUAUUUAUGAAAGAUGUCCAAGAGCUGUUGAACCACUUUGGGUUGAGGGAGCUGGACAUAAUGAUGUUGAACUUUAUAAUCAGUAUCUAGAACGACUUAAACAUUUUGUUAGUGUUGAAUUAAUAAACUGACGUAAAUUAAGCCUCCCAAUGAGUCAGGGAGGACAUGGUGAAGGUGAUAAUGAAAAUUUAAAUAAUACUGAUAAAGAUAAUAAUUCAAUAUCAAAUUAUUUAAAUACAAUAAGUCGUACAAUGUUAAUAUGCGAUGAUGAACCUUCACCAGUGUCAAGUGAUGAAGUUUUUUUUAUAUGUGCUGAUGAACAAACAACAAUAGCAACACCAACAACAACAACAAAAAAUGACGAUAAAAAUGAUAAUAUUAAUAAUGAUAAUAUGAAAAUUAAAAAAAUAUUAAUUAAUGAUAAAUGCAAAAAUAAUAGUAUGCUCAAAAUUGAUAGUAUUGAUAAUGUUAAACAACAACAACAACAACAUAAACAAAAAAAAUUAACUAGUAUAUUUAGUAGAAAAAAAAGUAAAAAAGUAUAUCGUGAUGUUGGAUCUGGUACAUGUGAUGAAAUAAUUAUUAAAAAAAAUGAUGAUGAUAAUGAUGUUAAUGAUAAAACGAAUGAUAAUGAUGAUGAUAAUGAUGAUGAUAAUAAAAAUGAUACAGCAGCACAUACAAUAUUAGUUAAAAUACAAGUUGAAAAUUUAUCAAAAGAUAAUAAAAAUAAAAAUAUAACAUUAAUUGAUGAUGAUAAUAAUAAACAAAUACAAUGUAAAUUAAAUGAUAAUAAAACAGUUGCUGUACAAGUUAAUAUAAAUUCAUCUGAUAUUAAUAGUGAUACACAAUGUUUAAAAAUAAAUAAAGUAAUAUGUUGUAAUAAUAAAACAACAAAAUUACAAUGUAAUAAAAAUAUAAAAAGUCAACAAAAAAAUGAUUGUUUAAAAAUAAAUGAUACAAAUAAUAUUGGUAUAACAACAACAAUACCAAAAUCACCAAAAUCACCAUCACCAUCAAUUGAUUCAUCAAAAAUAUUUAUAUUAAAUAGUGGUAAUAAAAAUAAACAACAAAUAAAUACAAAUAUUGAUAAUAAAAUUAAUAAAAAAUUACCAGAUAAAAGUUAUUCAGUUGAUCGUGCAUCAUUAAAAAAAAAAAAAUUAAUACAAGGUAUUAGUCCAGCUAAAAAAUUUAAUCGUUCAUCAUUAACAAUUGGAUCAGAUAAAAUAACAAUUAAUUUAUCAAAAUAUUCACCAUGUGCUAGUAGACUUGCUGCAAGUUCAAAAAUAUUAAAUACAUCACCAACAAAUUUAAGUCCAGAUAGUCCAAUACAUGUAUCACGUAAUAAAAGUCCAAUACGUAAUAAUGAUAAUUUUAAUUAUUUAUCACCAAUUAAUAAUAAAUUUGAUACACUUAAAUUAACAAAUGAUAAAUUACCAUUACAAAUGAGUCGUUCAUUAAAUAUUGAACAAUUUAAAAAACCAUAUACAACACCAAGAAGUAGAAGUGUUGGUGAUAGUUGUAUAAUAACAUCAUCAUUAAAUGAUACAACAACAACAACAACUAAAAAAACAAUUUGUUAUUCACCAAUAAUUGGUAAUGAAUUAUUAUCACUUGAUGAUACUGAUAAAAAAUAUAAAAAUAAUAAUAAUAAUAAACAAAAUCAUGAUUUAUCAUUAUCAACUCCAAAUUUAAAAAUUAUUAAUAAUGACAAACUUGUAGCAUUUUCAACGAUAAAUUCAACAAAACUUGAAACAAAAUGUUAAAUUAAUUAUUAUGUUAUUGAUGAUCUCUAUUUUAGUUUCUUUUAUUAAACUUUAAAUUAUAUUUAUUUUUACCUAAUGAUUAUUAUAUUAUGAUAAUGAUGAUCAUGAAUGUUGACAUGUUUGUUAAUCGAGUGUGUUGUUAUUGAUCGUUUAUAUACGUAUAUGACAUUAUUAUUAUUAUUUUAUUAUUAUAAAAAAAUUAUUCAUUGCUCACAUGUUGCUUUUAUUUUAUAACUUUUUUUUUUUUAUUUUAAAAGGUUUAUUGAUUAUUGGUUUUGCUACAGAAAAUCUUAGUGCCAAAGAGAUUUUUUUUUUUAAUUUUAUUUUUCUUCAUUUUCAUCUUGUUUUUUUAUAAUGAAAAAUAAAUGAAAAUUCAUAUUACAAAAUUUUUAAACUGCCCUUUAAUAAUUUUUAUCAGUAAUAAAUAAUAAUUAUUUAUGGAUAAAUGAUUAUAAUAUUAAUAAAGUAAAAAAUAAAGGAAUACAAUAAUUAAUUACUGAGGAUCUUCCAGAAAAAAUAAAAAUUCAGAUGAGAAAAAAUAAACAAUAAAUAAAUAAUGUCUUACCAAAUAAUAAAAAUUGACAAAAUAAAAAAAAGGAUAAUAAAUCAUUGCCAAAUUUGACUACAAUGUAAAUUAAUUAAUUAAUAAAUUGGGAGAUUAAAAAUAUGACCUCAAGUUAAAUAGUAUUCUUGUAAUGCAAAAAUGUAAAUAUAUGAAUACACAAACGUCAUUUUUUUCAUUUGUUUUUAAACUAAGAAAUAAAUUAAAACAAAGUUAAACUAUAUAAUUAUAUACUUGUAAUCAAAUACUGACACAAUUGGACUUUAGUGUGUAAUUAUUAUUCCAAAAGCGGAAUUAAUGCACUGUUUGUUUGAUUGAAAAAAUAAGGAAAAAAACUAAAUUAAAUAAAAAAAACAUAUUCUAAUAAAUUUGUGAAAAAUAAUCUAAUAAUGAUUUUUGCAACACGAAAUUAAUAACUAAAUAGUGAUAAUAAUUUUUUUAUGUUUCAAUAUCAAAUCAUUUUAUAAAUAAAUAAGUAAAAAAUCGAAAAAAAAGAAAAUUCAUUUUAAUUAUUAUUAUUGCACUUAUAUGGAAAAUUUGUUGGCUGAUUAUCGCCGAUAAAUGCGACAGUUAAAUUAUAUAUUUAAUCAAUUAUAAUAAUAGUUUAUUUUAUUGAAGAAAAAUAUGUACUUAAGGCACUCUAGAUAAUAAUUUAAAUAUUAAAAUAAAAAUACCAAGUAUAUUAUCAAUGAAUGGAGAAAUAUAAUAAAAUAACUUACCUGACGAAAAUAAAAAAAAAAAUCUAAAUUAAAUUAAUAAGAGUGCCAAGAAAAAUUGACGAUUAGAAAAUGAUUAAUUUAUAUAUUUUUUUUGAUUAAAAAAUAAAUAGAUUAAAUUUAAAAAAUUAUUAAUGUUUGGAAAUAAUGAUAUAGAUAAAAAAUAAAAAAUAUUUAAAAUGAUAAAUUUUUGGUCUCAGUAUGAAGGUCUGUUAAAUAAUUGUCUCAUUCCAUAAUUUUUCUUAGAUAAUAAUUAUGUUUAUGAAUUAUAUAUUAUUAAUUGGGUGCAUUUAUUGCAUGUUGAUGUAAAUGUUAUGAAAAACAAAUUUAAUUAUUCAGUGUCAAUAGAUUAUAAUAAUAUUCAAUUUGUUAAAUAUAAAAAAACAUCGUUAAUUCUCGACAACAAUCAAUUUUGUAUAAAAAUAUAUAUUACAAGUAUUGUUUUUAAAAAAAAAAUGUUAUAAACAGUAAAAUAUUAA